UAGCCGUAACGUAGUUAUUGUUUGGAAAAUUAUCGUUGCUUUUUUGUUUGUUUUUUUUUUCCUCAAAAUUUUCUCCCGUUUAUGAUGUGCACCUCAGCUUCAUCAAACCUACGAGAUUUUGAAAAUUCAGAGGGUGAACUCUACCUGAAGAUAUGCAAAACAUUUCAAGACGACGCCAUCGAUUUUCUUAAAGAAGCGAGAAAAAAUGCAAUCAAAACAGACGUGUUCUUUCUGGCAAAUGAUGACACUCAAGAUUCUUUAACUGCAUCUCUUUCGGCUCAUAAAGAAGUAUUAGCAGCUGCUAGUCCAUAUUUAGCAGAAAUCCUCGAAACCUCCUAUGACAGUGAUGUUUACAUAUCAUUCUCUGGAUUCAAGAAGAACCAUUUAAAGCUCUUGUUAGACUACAUUUAUUCAGGUGAAAUUUGUGCAUCACAUGCUUUAAUGGAAGAAUUCGAAUUCUGCCUUAAAGAGUUGGGCAUUUUAGGCACACACUCAUUGGUGUGUUCAGAUGAAAUUAUUACAACUAAACCAGCUGAAGCAAUACUAUUCAAAAACUCAGUUCAACAACCUUUUGAUCUUCAAAAUUCUCCAAUACAAACAAACCUGACAAGUAAAGACAUAGCUAGUGAAAACACCAUGGUGCUGGAAAGCAGGAAAAAGAAAACUCCUUCAAACCAAUCAGAUUCAGAAAAUGACAUUUCUGAAGAACAAGUUGAAUCUUGUGCAAAUAAAACCAUCAGUGGUGAUCGUCCGUACGUUUGCCCUGUCUGUCAAAAAUCGUUUCGUCACCUGAACGUUCUCAGAACCCAUUCCCGCGUACAUACAGGUGAGAAACCCUUCAGCUGUAGCACGUGCAAUCGUGCCUUUUCUCAUAAAUCUACAUUGAAUGAGCACAUGAAUCUUCACUCUGACGAUCGUCCAUACGCAUGCGACAAAUGUCAGCGUCGUUUUAAACAAAGAAAGAGUUUACGUGCACAUCGUUGCGAAAUUCUCGAAGAAGAAAUAUUUCACUGCGAGGUGUGCAAGCGGAAUUUUGUGAAUCGUAAGGCGCUAGCCCUUCAUCGUAUCCACCACGAUAACGGAAGUAAAAAGAAAUUAUCGCAAGAAAAACCGUUUUUGUGUGAUAUUUGCGCUAGAGGCUUUAGCAAUAAAUAUUUAUUGAAAGCUCACCAGAUGACGCACGUUGAAGAAAAGAGUUUUGAGUGUAACAUUUGCCACAAGAAAUUUUCUCUGAAAAAAACACUGCAAGUUCACGAGGCAUCUCAUAAAAGAGAAAAUAAGAUUCCAUAUCAAUGUUCUUUUUGCACGAAAAGCUUUCGUUACCUUGCAAACUUAAAUGCACACGAGUUGAUACAUACAGGGCAAAAGCCGUUUGACUGUAACAAAUGUGGUGUAGCAUUUAGACAGAAGUGGUCACUCAAAGAACACAUGCUUGUUCACGAUAAACCAGACGGAGACAGGCCCUUUACAUGUGACAUAUGUAACAAAUCAUUCCAGGCGCGGAGAAAAUUUGUUGCCCACCGUUAUUCACACAGCAAGCAAACAAAACGCUGUCCUGUCUGCAAGAAACGGUUCUAUAAUGCUGAACGACUGGCCACGCACAUCAUGGAACAUGAAAACGUUGAUGAUCUACCCGUAUCGGAUGCAAUAGGAAACACGGUUACAGCACACAUGAAUGACGAUGGAGAAUUGAUCAUCACGCAGGAUGUUGACGAAAUUGGUGAAGGAACGCUCAUUUUUACACCUUCACUUUUGCACGUCAUUAAGUCAACCGAUGAAAACUGUGAUGGGAUGGAGAGUACUGAGGGACAAGACGAAGCAAAUCGAUGGUCGCUAGAGGUUGUCAUUGAACCGGAUUUGAACAAUCAUCAUCAAACAUGCUAAUCUAUUCAGUGGAACAUCUAAACCAUCAUCUACCAUAUGCUUCUUUUUUGUCAGAUACAUCGCGAUAUGUAGCCAUGGAUAAAAUCAAUGUACACGAUGUAAAAA